AAACGGGGCAUUAGUUCCUGUUUCGAAACCGGUCGCUCGCAUCAUGGCCGCAGUACGCAGCCUACGGGUUUCGGUGAAGUCAGACUGCUCAGAGUCGGAUUCAGACCGAGAUGCCCGCGAAGUUGAACCGAUGGAGGUGGAGGAGGGCGAACUCGAGGCAGAGGACAUCCCCGUUAACCGGUCCUUGAAUGAAGUGCUGCCGGAGGCGAUUCAGAGGACGGAGAAGAGCACAGAAAGUUUCCACUUCUGUGCACAGGCCAACCCAGGCCAGAUUGUGGUACUAGACAGAGACACCAUGAAGAAAGCCAUCCCUAACUUGCGCCUGGAGGCGUUGCAUGUGGCGGGUGUGGAUGAUAUGAGCACCCAGGAUGUGUUUGGCUACUUUAAGGAGUACCCUCCAGCACACAUUGAGUGGAUCGACGACACCUCCUGUAACGUGGUGUGGCUGGAUGAUGUCACUUCCACCCGGGCUCUGAUCAACAUCAGCCACGUGCCUGACCCAGAGGUGGUUACCAAAGAGACAGGCGACACCAAAGAACUUGGUGAUCCCACCCAGGAGAGCAAGGCUCGAGGGCAAUCCAAUUCCGAUGAUGAUGAUGAUGAUGAUGAUGAUGAUGGAGAGGUGGAGGAGGAGCAAAAAGAGCCGGUGAAAGAGAACCGUGAGGAGAGUGAGGGAAAAGCCAGCGAGGGAGAGACUGAGGAGAAAACAGAGCCUGAGACCACCCAGGUGGACCUGCUGUCCCAGGCAGAGAUUGAGUCACUGCUCCGGAAUGACCUACGUCCAGCCACCAAACCCUUCAAGGGCAACAGACUCUUCCUGAGGUUGGCCACCUACGAUGAUAAGAAGGAGAUGGGUGCUGCGAGGAAGAGCAGAUAUUACAUGAAGUACGGCAACCCCAACUACGGAGGCAUGAGGGGCAUCCUCAGCAACUCCUGGAAGAGACGGUAUCACACACGCAGAAUUGUGAGCAAGAGCAAGAAACCCCUCAUAGGGGACAGCAUGGGGGACACACCACCCUACAAACACAGCCACUCUGCUGACCUGAUCAACCUGCCAGAAGAACCAAUAGAGGAAGAAGAGGAUGAGGAAGAGGGGGAAGAGGACAUGGACUCAGACGACAGGGUGGUGGAGUACAAGGAGAAGGGGGAAAGAGGGAGGGUGAGGGUGGGGGGCCCAGUGGUGGCCCUGUGGAGUCGUUUGGGAAGACCCUCUUCCCCCUCGGUCUUGUCAGACUCAGACAAGAUGGACUAUGACUUGGAGCUCAAGAUGAUCUCCACCCCCUCUCCCAAGAAGAGCAUGAAGAUGACAAUGUACGCAGACGAGGUCGAGACCAACCUCAGGACUAUACGACACUCUGCUGUUCGGCGUGACAGCGGCUCGGGGGGUAGUGGCAUCCGGAACAGGAUUGGUGGAGGAUCGGUGGGUGAGACCAAAAGCAGUGCGGUGGAGAAAGUGAUAGACGUGAGGCAGCUAUUGGAGGAGAAGAGGCGUGGCCUAUCCCAGCACAAACAUCGCCACCCUGUGGCCAGCAUUGGAAGUACGGAUGUGAGGCAGCGGUUAGGGAAGAGGCCGUACUCUUCUGAGAGACGACACUCCACCUCUCCCGUCGCCUCCCGAGACUCAUCCCCUCCCCGAGAGCCGAUCAUAGAUGUGCACAGGCGACUGGGCGUGGUAAUACAAGACACCCGUGGCCUCCACCCCGAUUUGUCCAAAGACAGGAAAUCAAGUCGUCUGUGGAACAGGCUCGGCCCCUCCUCCUAUAAGGGCGAAGUUCCCGUGCGGAAGCCUCCCAGUCACAGAGCGGGUUCGGGAUCAACCAGCUCCAGGUUGGGGGGGCGGGGAGAAGAAGACGUUGAGAAGGAGAACGACUCUGCACUGCAGAAGGUGUGGGGGGCCUUGAUCAAACAGAAGGAACAGCAGACCCACAAGAUGAAGAGGAGUCGGCUUGACAACCUGCCCUCGCUACAGAUAGAGAUCAGCCGGGAGAGCAGCAACGGGUCCGACUCAGACUCCUGAGAGACUGAGGGAGAGGAAGGGUAGGGAGGGGGCAGAGAAUGAGUAGGGGAACGAGACAUGUUGAUAGAAACUGAGUCGGGGAAGAGAGGUGUGAGUGAAAUGCAGAAUAAAUACAAAUGGUGGUAGAGGGUUUAGAUCAGUGUGGAUUGGGUCAUGCCUUCCUCUAGAGCAGAAAGGUGACCACCCCCACCCCUGCUCUCCUCUUGAGUUACUCGUCUCUGUUUAGAUCCUUAUGGGCCCCCGUCGCUGUGACCUGGUCCAUCGUACCAACACAAAAGAACUGGACAGAAUUGUCUGAUGUGGAGAGAAGUUAUGGACAGGAGGCAUAUGAUCUCUGCAGCCCAUGGGACUGGUGUUCUGAUCAAAUGUGUUCCUGUGACAUUUUACUGAUGGCCUACCUACACUUCAAGUCAUGUCAAAUAUUUAAAGGGCAAUAUAAAUGUCUCUGUUGGCCCCUGUGAUGUCAACUACAGAAGAACUGGGACAAGGAUAAGAUCCAGAUACUGAGCGCUCUCCAUGGCUCUCUGUGUGUGUGGAACCAGACACAGGAUCAUACAGUCUAUGGUAUCUAUGUGUGAGUGACUUUGAACAACAAAUAUUGAGUUUGUGGCAUUUUAUUUCCUUCCACAGGCUUGGCCCAUAGAGACAACUAAACCAGAUGAAUCGAUUCUCUACUGAAAGGUUUUGUACUGUCUCAAUGUUUUAUGUGCAAAUGGCCAAUGUUGUUAUGUUUUUCAAGGCGGAAGAUUCUUCAAUGCCUGUGCCAUCCUUCAAAGCCCCAUAGUACACUACUUUUGACCAGAGCCCUAUGUAGGGAAUAGUGUGCCGGUUUGAGGACGACCUUACAUUCCCAGACAGAAAAGGAAUUGAUUUCAUUAAGGCCUAAGCAGAAAUAAAACAUGUCAACAACUGUCUGCUUGUCUUGGCAA